GUACAAAACCAGUUGUAUAGGCUACGUACAUAAAACGUAACUUAAAUCGUGCCUAUAUGCCCUAUAUAUUUCGCUAUAAAACUAUUACAAAUAUUCUUUGGAAUAAAAUGCGAAAGAACUUCUACAUUAUGCUAAGACAAUGUUGUUUCUUGGUGGCAGAAGAUUUUGCAGUGGUCACGAAAAUAUGGGGUAGGUCAGUCGUAGAACUUGCCGCCAAUAACAAAAUUGUGGUAUUUAGCCUAGGCCCAAAACAGCAAUCGUGAUAUUUACAAAUUGUAAAAUUUCAGUUCGCUCAUCGGACUUACUCGGAAUAAAAUGAUGUUGUUAUUAGUAAUAUUGGGGAUACUUUUCUGCAUAGGGUCUUUAAUGACCUUCAGUCUUGUAUCAGAUGUACAAAAUAAACCGUACAUGGAUGAAGUCUUUCAUGUACCUCAAGCGCAGCAGUAUUGUUCUGCGAAUUUUACACACUGGGACCCAAUGAUCACCACGCUACCAGGACUGUACCUGAUGUCGGUUGGUGUGCUGAAGCCAGUAGCUGCUAUCUUUAACAUCCCAGUAAUGGAGCUUUGCACAACCUACUGGUUGAGAACCACCAAUAUUCUAUUCACAUUUGGCAACUUUUACCUGAUCUAUGCAGUCCUUAGGAAACUUCACAAUCCAGUUUUCGACCCUGAUGGAAUCAAGAUUGCUAUGACGACCUUAGCUCUCAGCUUGCUCCCAGUAUUGUACUUCUUCACCUUUCUGUACUACACUGAUCCUGGAUCUACAUUCUUCGUCCUUAUUAUGUACCUCUUUUGUCUCCAUGGCAACCACUUUAUGGCAGCCAUAUUGGGUACAGCAGCCAUAUUUUUUCGACAGACAAACAUUAUCUGGGUUAUUUUCAUGGCAGGAUUGGCUGUAAGAAAGGAGUUGAGCUUAUGGCUUAAGCAAAUUUGUGAUAAGAAAGAUAUGAAAUUGGAUGAUUUAAAUGACCUUGACCUUUUGAAGGUCACUUUCACAGUUAUACUUGAUUGUGCAAAGAAGAAAAGAAAUUUGUUGUUUUCACUGUUGCUUAAUAUUCUGAAAAAUGUAUGGGCAUAUUUGUUAGUUGGUGUAGGAUUUGGAGUUUUUAUCAUUUUGAAUAAAGGAAUUGUUGUUGGGGAUAGAACUCAACAUGUGGCUGUGAUGCAUUUUCCACAGCUAUUUUAUUUUCUCACAAUGACAAAUUUCUUUGCAAUGUUCCACUUGUGUUCACCAUACAAAGUCUGGGAAUUUUUGAAAUUUUGCAUUAGGCAUCCAUUAUUUUUAUUGUCGUUUACUGCUGUAGCUUUUUUAAUGAUACAUUAUUUCACAUAUGAGCACAAAUAUCUCUUAGCAGAUAACAGACACUAUGCAUUUUAUGUGUGGAGAAAACUAUAUCGUCGGCACAAGUAUGUGAAGUACAUCUUAAUUCCAGCUUACCUAUAUUUUUUCUGGAGCGUUUUAGAUGAGUUAAAGGGUAGAGAUAUAUACUGGAAAACUGUAUAUUCUGUUUGUGUAAUAACAUCGGCAGUACCGCAGAAAUUGUUAGAAUAUCGCUACUUUAUACUACCUUUCCUUAUCUUCAGAAUGAACAUGCGUCACGGAACCGCGGUGGGACUAUUUCAUGAAAUUUUGCUGUAUACAGUGGUAAAUGUUUUGACUGUUUACAUGUUUGUUGAAAAACCUUACAAAUGGCCUCAUGAAGAUGGAAUACAGAGAUUUAUGUGGUAGUAAAAAAAUGUAAUGCAUUGAAUUGGAAUUAAUACUAGUCAGUUUUUAAAGAAAUGCUCAAUGAGAAAGAUGCAGUAAUUAUAAUGUCUCCCCAUAUGUGCGAAGAUAUAUUAAUUUUGUCUUGUCCAGCAGUGCAGGCUUUCAGGUUUGUCCAGGCUACACCGCUGAAACUACUGUUGAGAUUUCAACCGAACUUUGUAGGAAUGACAAGUAUCAUGGCUAGUUUUGCAAAUUGAUGGCAUUUUAGAUUGAAAUGCAUUUUGGUGAAGUUAUUGCAUGGCAGGCUUGGGUAUAAUUACAUGGGAUUGUGUUUGAGUAAAUUACAAUUACAUUGCCUUUUCAAAUGUAAUAAAUUACAUUGUGGUUACUUCUGUGGUUACUAACUUACUUCUGUUAGUUUAAACAGUAUUUUAUUGCUAUAUUAUUAUUUAUAUUAUUAAGUAAGUGAUUACAUUAAUAAACAAUAGUAAUACUAA